AGACAAGGCUGCACCCGGCUUCCCGUCCACAGGGAGACCGAAGGGCACCUCUCCCCGCGCCGCCCGCGCUGCCCGGAGCCCCGGAGUCGCGACACGCCAGGGAUGUGAGUGCGCCCCCGACCUGAGGCCCGCGCUCCACGCUUAGAUCCGCGGCCUGUGCCCCAGACGACCCCAGCCUGCAGCCCCCGCGCCUUCCUGAGGUCCGCCUGGAGCAUGUUGCCUGCUGCCAUGAAGGGCCUCGGCCUGGUGCUGCUGGCCGCUCUGCUGUGCUCCGGCCCCGCUCAUGGCCUGUGGUGCCAGGACUGCACGCUGACCAGCAACUCCAGUCAUUGCACCCCGAAGCAGUGCCAGCCGGCAGACACGGUGUGUGCCAGUGUCCGGAUCACAGAUCCCAGUAGCAGCAGGAAGGAUCAUUCUGUGAACAAGAUGUGUGCCUCGUCCUGUGACUUCGUGAAGCGGCACUUUUUCUCAGACUAUCUGAUGGGCUUCAUUAACUCUGGGAUCUUGAAAGUAGAUGUGGACUGCUGUGAGAAGGAUUUGUGCAACGGAGUGGCGCUGGCGGGGCGCAGCUCCUGGGCCCUGGCGGGGGGACUCCUGCUCGGCCUGGGGCCCACCCUCCUCUGGGCUGGGCCCUGAGGUCCCCUCCCUCCCGCAGAGCUUCUGAACUCGUCCCGCCAGACCUGAGCCUGUGGCUGCCCCCUCCCCAGCCUGGCCUGGCUGAAGCUGGGGGCAGCCUUGGCCUGCUCCACAGUCUGUGGCCCCCACCCCUCCCUGUCUCUCCACCAGGUCCAAGUCCCAGCCAGCAGGACAUCUCCAGGAAUCAGGCAUCCAGCAGGGGGCUGGGACCUCGGGCCUCGGAGGGGAAGCCAGGCUGAGCCAGGGCCUGCCCGACAGCCUGGCUGUGAGGGCGUCCUUUACAGAGAAGUAAAGUCACUUCUGAG